GGGCAGCCGAUUGGCGGAUCCGACGCUCCGCAGUCCCAAUUGUGUCAUGUCUUGUUUCUCGGACAGUUAGAUCGGCCUCGUAAAGGAUUUGCGUACACAGUUCUGUGGGUCCGUUGCCAGUUACGUUCGGUUUUUGCUUGAUUACUAAGUAUUAUAUUUCCUUAACAUUUUGCCCACAGUUUGGCAAGGUACCUAGGUACCUUAUCUGCACAAUGGACAAAGACAAAUACGAAAUUGUUUUUGUGAAUGAUUUCGCAACGCCUUUAUUGUCAGCUGCAUAUGAUGCUGUUUCCGCCUUCGAGAAUCUUACAGCAAAACGGUUAGACGGAUUGGAAGUUAUUCGCCACUUUUCCUCUAAGCCACAUAAACGGACAUCUUUUGUUCUUUGUCGUUUUGAAGGGGAGUGUUUCGAGCACUUAAGAUCCUUAGGUGCUGCCAUUUACGGACCGCAGAUUAUAUUGCAUUACGUUAGGGAGAACAAAGCCUUGCCGAAGGUGUCCUACCCACUCUUUUCAACAGCAUUGAUGGGUGCAAUCGCCACUGUUACUUCUGUUACAGGAUCCGAAAGGGAGUAUUUGUUGAAGUCCAUUGAAAUGCUCCAUGGUCAUGCGUCUCGGGAUUUAUUUGAUGGCGUUAAUGUAGUGAUAACACCGAAAGUCGGUUCCAAAAAAUAUUUGGUUGGUGCUAGUCGUGGUUUGCAUAUACUGCUUCCUAGUUGGAUCAAAGAAGCUUGGAGGCUUUCUGCGAUACAAGACCCAAUAGAUAUGAUGCUUCCAGUGUACACUGAACGCUUUCGUGUUCCAAUUUUCUCUCAGCUAGUCAUCUGCGUGUCCGGUCUUUCUGCUGAAGAACGGAAGGAGGUAUCCGAUCUGGUUUUAAAGCACGGCGGUCGGUAUUCUGGUAUGAUGAAAAUCGGUGAAACUACUCAUUUAAUCGUCAAACAAGCCGCUGGCUUGAAGUACUCUCAUGCAAAAAAGUGGAAGAUCCAGAUUGUGAGUGUGCGUUGGCUUGUCGACUCUGUUAGCAAGGGUUACGCAAUGGAUGAGGAGGAAUAUCGUGUGCCUGAAAACAAGGAAAAUUGCUCUACCCCUACGUACAAGGUGAAUGGGUGCUCACUUUCCUUCGAUAAUAUCUCGGUUAUAAGUCACGCAAACAACACUACCGCUCGUGUAGAUGAAACAACCACUGAGUACCUCCAUGCUGAAAGCUUCAUCAAGCCAAAACCUCCAAUCAGCUUGCUAUCGAUACUUUCUGACUGCAUAGUUGCAUUCAAGGACUGUUCCGUGAACGAAGUCGUGACAUAUUCUAAAUUGGUUUCUGAGUUAGGCGGACGCUUGUGUACAAAACUCCAUGACCAAGUUUCCGAGUCACUCACUCAUGUUGUCGUCGGAUCGUUAAACACAUCGGCAGUUGCAAAUAUGGAGCAGGGGAUAUAUUAUGUCCGAGGUUCCUGGCUUAUCAGCUGUAAACAAGCAUGUCGCCAUGUUGACGAAGCAGCUCACCUCGUAUUUACUUCGGAGUGCUCGGGCACAAAUUCCGUCUCAACGCGUUCAGAGGAAAUAACAAAGCAGACACUGGACACUGAAGAUAUGGGGUUGAUUAACCAGUACUUCGGCGCAGGCGGUCUCGCUGAUUUGGAUGAUUUUACCUCUGGUGCGGGAGACACUACUGCAGUCCCCGCUCCUGCACAUGGUCCCGAAAACAACCCGUCGUUUUCUUCACUUGUCAACACUAUUUCCCCCUUAUGCACUAGCGGCAUUUUUUCUGGUCUCCGUUUCUUUCUUCAUGAAGAGUUUUCUGUUGACACAAAGCAAAGUCUCAGUAAAUCCAUUUCUUCUUCUGGUGGUCGUGUGCUUUUCAGUUCCAUGGAAGUGGAUUAUAUUGUGGCUCCGUUUUUUGUCAUGUCCUUGCCAACUGCGGCGUCAAGCUGCAGAUUUGUCACGCAGCAUUGGAUUGAGCACUGCAUUUCCGUGUCAUCUAUUCAGCUGAAUGAUUUGACCACGGAGCGAGCAUUCACUCCUUGCAUACGAUCGGGACCACCCCCUCUACUCGGCUGUGUUAUUUCCUUGAGUGGUUUUGUUGGAAGAGACCGAAGUCUUUUAACUUCUUAUUCACAAGCUCUCGGUGCCGUAACACAAGAAUGCUUUUUACGGAAAGCUAUCCCAUCUCGUGACCUGGCAGCUAGCACCCAUUUGAUUGCCGCUAAACCAGAUGGUCGUAAAUGGCCUGCUGCUUUGCAAUGGGGCAUUCCAGCUGUAAACAGGAGCUGGCUGUAUGCUUGCGCCGAAAGUUGGAGCCGGUUGGACGAAUCCCAGUUUCCUGUCCGGAGUGUUCCCGAAGGUUGCUUCUCCUUAUCAAUAAGCAAGGCAGAUUCUUUAGGUGGCUCGAAUGUUACUCCUGUUGCAAAACCACCGCAGAAAAUCCUACCUACGCCAUCAAACUCAGACCCACAAAAAUGUGUAGUUAAGUCGUUGGAUGAUGCCCUACACACUCCCGAUUGGGUUUGUGCCAAGAACUGCGAAAACAUUCUCGGUGACACUUAUUGUGAUUCUGUGGCUAGAAUCCUGGAACCUUCUCCUCCCUUGUCUGAACAAGUAGCACGAUGCCUUAAAAAGGCCGUACAUAAAACAGCGUCCUUGCCGAAGCGAAAACUGGAUCUAUCAGGUGAGUUCGGUUUACGCUUCUUGGUUUUUUGUGUAAAUCAUUUGAACCUCGUUACUUCAUUCUUGCUCCCCUUUAAAAGCAUUUUAUCACUGCUGGUUAAUUUUUGCCCAGGUGGACUGCAUAUGUUGGAGAAGCUGCCGCUCUGCUACUUUACGUUUCUAAGAAGUAGACUAAGGGGGAGGGUGAUAGGUACGAUUGCCAUUAAGAAAUAAUUAAUCAUCUAUCUUUUUAUUGCUUUGAUUUCUUUUUUUGCCAUUUUCAAGGGUUGUGGCAUUUAACACUUGAAUCCAAACAACUGUGCAUAAGUAUCUUUGUUGUGGUGCAGCUGAAUAUACGGCUAACCUGCUGCUACCGUGUAGCUGACCGUUGCCAGAAAUGUGUUUGGUUUCCGCUGACUUUACGGAUAACCUGCCUCAAUUAGCUGUGCCGCUCCAAACCAGUUCAACCCGCCACGAAAUUAGAACACCAAGAAAACAGCCGGACCGAACGAUUCCGAUUUUGAUUCUGAUUUUAUUCUGCGAGAGCAUGGCACAAUAAAUAGGUUGUAGGAAACCACUAACAACAAGAUUAGAGUGCUAAUUACUAUUAAUUAACACAAAUCAAACCGUUCAAGUUCAUGGUCCGACUUACCGUCGAUUCUACAUGGAUUCGCAUUUUGUCUUUACUCGCAUUUAAUCUCUAAUUGCAGCUCGAUCCACUGUUGCGCCACUGUUCUCGACCUGAACGCUGACUCUCCGUAACAAUCUUCACUGAUUUCGGUAGUGCGCCGCAUUUUUUUACAGUUACCGACAUUUAUCCUCUUUGGGUCCCUUACCACGCAGGCGCAUGAAUUGAGCCGGCGGCUAAACUUAAAUCUCAUGUGUUGUCGCAACUUGGAAGCUUGGCAGUCCUGCAUGUACAAAUGGGGCACCGUGGGGGUUAAGCGCUUCGAGGACAACAGGACGUAAACUAGUGAUCCCAUUUGGCACAACAAAAUCAGCUUGCAUUCGGGUAGGUUUCUAGUGGCUUCAUUGAUGGUGAGCACCUGCGUCUGUUAUCUGCACCAGUGUGCACCACGCCUGCAGCCUACUCAAAAUUCUUGCUUUUUUGCUCCGGGCUUUUUGUGGAUCAUCGUGGGAUAUAUGAGAGUUUACUACUAUAUUGCCGCAAUAGACCUGGAAUGUAAACGGGCCCGUAGCUUUAAGCAUCACAAGCCCGCCUUGUAAUCCGAUGGCGCGGGUUCGAGCCUGCGCAGGAACCGGGUGACCCUCGCUGUGUCCUUAGCCCACCUGCCACUGGUGAUAGUUGCGCAGCAGCGAAGAGUCGAUAUUGCGUACCGGUGUACUGAUUAUACUUUUUCUUUGCCUUAUUUCAACUCAAACAGAUCCCAGUCAAUGAAGCUAGACCUUAUCGUGGUGCGAUGGUUCCCGUGCCUCAGUGGUCCAUGGAGUUGUGUUGGGUGGUGCUUUUCGCAUCUUUUGAGUAACUCGUACCAAAUUGGUCAACAGUUAGAGGCCAGACAAACUCAGCUUCCUGGUCCUCCAGGUUGGGGGGUUGGACUGAGGGUGGCUCCUUAUUCCUUAAAGCGGACUCCUUGUAGCCCACUGCCAAACACGCUGCCUUGCGGUCUGGUUUUUGAACCAAAGGCUUUGGCUGAGAACCCUAAUCGUUCGGUCUGGGCCUGGGCAAUCUGACAGUAUCCUGUCCGCGCAAUACAACUACGCAUUUUUCUCCACCUGACUCCUGGAUGCUGUGGCUGUCGCAGAGGAUAGUAAACGGCGUCCUAUCUGCUGUUUCGAGUAGAGUGAAUAGGGGCAAGGAUUCCACUGCUCAAGCCCUCCCGUCUUCAUGUUCCCCCUCUUAAGAUUUUUCAUCCUUAUCGUCCCAUUCCAUUGGAACAUUGGAACAUUGUAUUUAAUGGGAAUAAAAGCUUGAGCUUUACAUGACCAAUAGGGUAAACAGAGUACGGGUCGGGUCUAAUGAAAGGCCAAGCAACCUUAUAGCGGGUUGGACUCGCGUGUUAGCCGUAUCUUCAUCGGGCUUAUGUGGCAUUUAAACAGAAUGCACGCCGGCUCAAAGCGAGACAUCCCACCACGCCCUCCGAAACGGCUUUGGAAAGGAAGUAGGUAG